GUGUCACUACUCCUAUUCAUUCAUCCUUGUUCUGGGUUCCUUUUCAGCUGAGCUGAAAGGAAAGGAAAAGAAGCAGUGGCAGCAGUAGUUGUGUAAAUGGGCACCUCAACUCUAUGGCUAUGUUAUUUCCCAAACUGCUUCACACAUCAUCUCUGUGGCAACACCAACAACAAGUGCAUAUUCUCUCCAAAGCAACACCAAACAACUAUUUCUCUCCCUCUCACUUAUUUCCAUCUUUUCGCUUCUAAAACCAACACCACCACCACUACCACACGGAGAAGCCGAAGGCUGAAAACCGAUGAUGAGAUCCGCUCCGACAUUCGUCAAUUCCUCGACGAAGUUGGCCUUCCUGACGGCCACAUUCCCUCUACCAAGGAACUUUUAAGCCACGGAAGGAAUGACCUUGCAAACAUUGUCAGACGGAGAGGUCAUAAAAAGAUCCAGGACCUUCUCACAAGUUUAUGUGGCAACGUUAAUUCUUUAGAAACGGGAAAAGGUUUAGAUGAAAGAUCGGAUGCUGCAAAUGAUAUUGAGGUUCUAUUAACAGGUCAGAAUGAGAAGGUUGACGGCUCAGAUGAUGGUACCACGGUAUCAACUGAAUUUCUUCAGGGGGACAGUUCUGGUAGUAUGUAUGCUGACUCAACUCCGAGUUUAGAUGAAUGCACUUCCGCCCCUGUAGAAUCCUCGGAUAUUUCUUUCGUGGAGGAUGGCCUAGGUGAACUCAAAUAUCACUCUGAAGAAGUCAACAACGUGGCAGAGGCGUAUUUCCACCCAACUGAAGUGACCACUGUGGAUAAUGAUUUGGGUAGUUCAAGUGAAGGUCUUUAUCCGAACUUUGAUAGCCAAAGUUCUAUGCCAACAGAAAUUUCUGGUGAAUCAUCAUUUGAGACAACACAGUAUGGAAAUUCAGAAUGCGAUGAUGCUUUAUUGGGAAAAAUGGUUGGAGAUAUAACUUUUCCAUUGACAGUUCCUUCCACGGAAAACCAUUCCAUCACUUCGUAUAGUGAUCCUGAUGUUGACAAUAGAGAGAAAGAGUUCAAUUGUUUGGAACCAUCAGUUGAUUUGUCCGUAGAGCAAAAGGACUGGGGUGCGUUAGAAAGUUUAGAUGACUACAAUAACAAUAUUACUGAUGAUGUUCCCACAACCUCUGGCUCUGAAUUUUCUGAGAACAAAAUUGAUUCGAUUAGUAGUUCUGCAAACGUCAGUGAUAUAAAUCUCGACACUUCAUUCAACUUAUCUAUGGAGGAAAAGGUCGCAAAUUUUAUUCAGAAUGGAGAUCUAGAUCCAGUUGAAGGUGCCCAUCCACCUAAAGAGAACAAUGCCAUGGCACAUAAUGGGAACUCAUUGACAUCCAAUCAAGUUGUUCCAUCUGGAAAGUUGGAUCAGCCUCUUUGUAUAUAUAGGGAUGAUCACAUGCUACAUGAGGAUCCAAUGACUCAUUUUGACAAGGAUUUGGAUGCUGAGGGCUCAAAUGUACAAAAUCAAAGUGAGAUAAAUCAUCUCAAGUUCAUGCUGUACCAGAAGGAGUUGGAACUGUCUCGGCUGAAGGAACAGAUUGAGAAGGAAAAGCAUGCUUUGUCUGUCUUGCAAACCAAGGCGGAGGAAGAAAUCAGCAAAGCCAGAAAACUAAUAUCUGAAAAAGAUGCAGAGUUGCAUGAGGCUGAAGAAAGUCUUUCAGGACUCAAGGAGGUUCUUGUUGAAUUCUGCGGCGACGGUGAUGUUGUUGAAGUGGCUGGUAGCUUCAAUGGCUGGCAUCACCCAAUAAAGAUGGAUCCUCAACCAUUAACUAGUGUUAUAGACCAUGAUGGAUCAAGGAAAUCAAGAUUUUGGUCUGCGGUGCUGUGGCUUUAUCCUGGUGUAUAUGAGAUAAAAUUUGUUGUUGAUGGCGACUGGAGAACAGAUCCACAAAGGGAGUCAGUAGCUAGAGGUCAUAUAUGUAACAACAUUUUAAGAGUAGAUAGAUGAUGCAUUCUGGUUCACAGGUCAUAACUGCUAGAUGUACAUAACAAGGAUACAUAGGAAUUGAAGAUAAUGGUUUGCUGUGAACUUCUAAAUUGUCAAUUUUGACAGCAAAAUGGAAAAGAGGGGACACAAGCACUCAUGAAAGAACCGCAUUUAGAUUGAGUGUCUUCUAAUACCAUCUAGUAUGUACAUUUAAAUUUGAGAUUAGUGUUUGAUGUUUUUUUUUUUUGACAAAAUUAGUGUUUGAUGUUUUGACAUCUUCCACUUAUGUGAAAGGAUUAGUUUAUGAUUAGGAGAAAAUAAACGAUCAGGCGUGGGCUGAUAGUGAGGGAUUUAGAUAGUUUUAGAAAGAGGCCACAUGUUUUAACUUUUAUCGUCCACGCUACCAUCACGGUCUAUUAGGAGAAAACGGUUGCUUCAUUGGUAUUCCUCAUCUCUUGUCAGUCAUUUUUUGUGGGUUCAUUUUCAAAGUGGCUCACAAGAACCUUGAUACAAAUUCAUUUUGCGUAAAUUUAA